AAUAAAUGUAAGAGAAAUUAAUAGCUGGGCUAACAUCAAGUUACGGUAGUUUAUUUGGUCAAUAAUAUUUGAAAUGGUUAAGAAUACCUCCUUCUUAUUUAAGAGUGAUGCAAUCUAUUGAUUAUAGAGGAGGAAUGUAUGCAGCUUAAAAAAUAAAGGCAAAUCAAUAAAUAAUGCUUAUUUCAACUGAGAAAUGUUUUACAAGUGUAGAAUUUGUAGGUUGUGAUACAAGAAAAUCAUAAGAACUUCAGGUAUGUAGUCGCAAAUUAAUUAGACCAUAGCAUCAUAAAUUGCUCACAAAAUAUGUGGUGAAAAAGUGGAAUAGCAAUAUUUGGUCACAGGAUUACUUAAAAUUAUUAUGCAAAUAUUUGUACAUUAAAAAGAUCAAUCAUUAACGAACUCUCCAUUUGCAAAUAUGAUUUAAUCUCCUAACACUCCUUUGUUAUGGCCUUAAACUGUGAUAGAUCUCAUUUCUUCUAGGAAUUUAGCUAAUCUUAUUGAAGGUACUCUUCUUUAAUGUUAAUCAAUGUAUAAUGAAUUACAAUUAAGCAAAGUUUAUGGAUUGACUGCUCUUGAUUUUUUAAAACUAUUUCAAGCAGUCAGAUCUUAGUUAAUAUGUUUCAAUCCAUAGUAAUAUUAUUAAUUUAAUUUCUAUCUAGAAAACCUAAAUACUUUGAUAUGUAAUCUGUUUAGAUAGUAUCACCGUUAGUCUACUAAUUUCAACAUUCAUUUGAUCCUAAUUGUUAUUUAGAUGGCUGCUAUUUAAGCCAUGAAAAUAUGAGUUUUGUUGAUUUCACUGCUAAAAAACUUAUUGAACCUGGAGAUGUAAUUUAUUUAUUUACUUUUUAGAAAUUAACUAUCAAUUAUGGUAACUUAAGUAACCAUGAUUUAUUAAUGAGACAUGGUAUUAUUGUUGAUGAUAAUCCAUUUAAUGAAAUGCCUAUCGAUCUAGAUUUCACUUCUGCUAUUAAUUUCACUGAAUAACUUUUUGAAUAAAAAUAAAAAUGGCUCAGAUAAAGUGAAAUCACUAACAUUGAAAGAUAAAUCUUGUAUAAUAACAAAAUUAAUGUUCAACUAUUGCAGUAAAUUUUAUUUAUAUCUAUUUCUAGGUAUCUGAGAAUCUAUUUUCUUACAGAAUAAGAAUUUUCUAUUAAUCCACAUCUAGAAUUCAAUUCAUUUCUAUCAAAAAUUAGUGAAGAAAAUGAAAUGUUGGUCAAAUAGUUUAUGAUCUAACACAUCAAGAAUACCUUAUCCUCUUAUAAACAAAUUUCUAAACCCAUUGGCAAAGAAUUGUAAGACCUUUACAAAAUUUAAAAGGAUGAGAUGACCAUACUAUAAAAUAAUCUAACUUUUUUUAGUAAAUGAGAGAAAAU